UUGAAAAUCGUUACAGCAAUCUCCAGAAUAUACACACACUGUUAGUGUGCUAACUAAAUUAGUAUCACAUGCAAACAUAAAUGUAGCAUAUCCCCUCUGGUUGGACACGUUUGAAUUAAUUAUGAUAAUUAAGUGAGUGUUGACUAUUUAAAUAUCAAGUCCAAAAGUUCUGCACAGUUGCACAGUGAAUAGGGACACACAUCAACACUGAUCUGUCAUUAUGGUAUGAAACCUCACAAACUGCAAGUCUUUUAUUAUUUUGAUUUAAUGUCUUUUAACUUUAAUGUUGUUGUGGUUACUAUGCAGCAGGAAGUAUUCAGGUAAAUUUAUUAUCAAUAUAUUUUGCUAAUAAUAAAAAAUUUAAUUGCAGGAAUCAAGGAGCAUGGAACCAGGAGUGACUAUCAACAGGACUUCAACUGUUAACGACAUACAUCCCUGCUAUGAAUCUCACAAUAGAACUUAUAUGUUUUCAAGCAACCCCUCCAUAAUAUGUGUUUUAUUAUAUGUUUUCCUUGGCUCAUUGUCUGUUGUGACAGUAUGUGGAAACUUUCUUGUAAUAAUCUCCAUCAUUUACUUCAAACAGCUCCACAUCCCUACUAACUACCUCAUACUGUCUCUGGCUGUGGCUGACCUGCUUGUGGGAGUUUUAGUUUUUCCUUUCAGCAUGGCAUUCACUGUAACUGCGUGUUGGUACUAUGAAGGUUUACUUUGUCAAAUACGGGGAUGCUUUGAUGUUACACUGAGCACAGCUUCUAUUUUGAACUUAUGCUGUAUUUCUAUUGACAGAUAUUAUGCAAUAUGUCAGCCUCUCACUUAUAGAAGUAAAAUAAAUGAUCGUGUUAUUGGGGUUAUGACCCUGUUGAGCUGGGGAGUUGCUGCUGUAAUUGGAACUGGCAUUAUAACCGCAGGUUUUAAUCAAGGAAAAUGUGAAGAAAAUUGUUUAAUUGAUGCUCUAAUAUCAACAAAUGUGGGAUCUGUUUUCUCCUUUUAUAUGCCAGUCAUUAUUAUUGUUAGCAUCUACCUGAAAAUUUUUCUUGUUGCACAGAGACAGGCAAACAGCAUCCAGAACACAACCUGUCAGACCACAAAGGGUGGAGCAACUGUCAGUAAGAUGGAGAGAAAAGCCACCAAAACUCUGGCCAUAGUUAUUGGAGUUUUUCUCCUAUGUUGGACCCCUUAUUUUCUUUGUAUCAUUUUUCAGCCUUUGACACAGGGUGUAACACCAGUUGCUGUGAUUGAAACUCUUAAUUGGCUUACACUGUCGAAUUCAAUGCUCAAUCCAUUUAUCUAUGCUUUCUUUUACAGCUGGUUCAGAUCAGCAUUCAGAAUGAUAAUUUCUGGAAAAAUAUUUCAAGGUGAUUUUGCUAACUCAAAACUUCUUUGA